CUCUUCGACGCCCUUUCUGUUCUUCUUUUCGAGCGUGGUGGUUCAAGAUGUCAAGCUCCCUUCCUGGUAACCGGGACCUCCCAUCAUCUCAGUAUGAUCUUUCGACGUACUGGGGUCGCGUGCGCCAUGCGGCUGACCUUUCCGACCCGCGGAUGAUGUUUGUCUCCUCUGCUGGCCUGGACAAAGCCAAGCAGCUGGUUUCUGCCUACAAGCAAAACCACAUUCCUGCCAUGACGUCGGAAUUGUGGCAUGCUAAGAAGGUUGUUGACUCGACGUUGCACCCUGACACCGGCGAGCCCGUUUUCCUCCCCUUCCGCAUGUCCAGCUAUGUUCUUUCCAACCUGGUCGUUACUGCGGGUAUGCUUACGCCCGGUCUACAGACUACCGGUACCCUUCUCUGGCAAAUUGCCAACCAGUCCCUCAAUGUUGCCAUCAACAAUGCCAAUGCCAACAAAUCAACUCCGCUCUCUGUCUCCCAAAUGGCCAAGUCCUACCUCAUGGCCGUCUCCGCAUCCUGCUCCGUUGCCCUCGGUCUCAACGCUCUGGUUCCCCGUCUCAAAGGCGUCUCCCCGAAUACUAAACUCCUCCUCGGUCGCCUGGUUCCUUUCGCCGCCGUCUCCAGUGCUAGCGCUCUGAAUGUCUUCCUCAUGAGAGGCGAAGAAAUCCGCCAAGGUAUUGAUGUGUACCCUGUCUUGUCUGAAGCCGAGAAGAUGAAGCGGGAGGAAACCGGCGAGCCCGUGCAAAGCCUGGGUAAGAGUAAGAAGGCAGCAACUAUCGCUGUCGGAGAAACGGCUAUCAGUCGGGUGUUGAACGCCACCCCAAUCAUGGUGGUGCCCCCCUUGGUGCUGGUUAGACUGGAGAAGACCGCGUGGCUGCAGGCUAGGCCAAAGAUGGUGCUGCCGAUCAAUCUGGCAUUGAUCCUGGGCACCUCGUUGUUCGCAUUGCCCUUGGCGCUGGGAGCCUUCCCGCAAAGACAGGCGAUCAGUGCGAAGAACCUGGAAGAAGAGUUCUGGGGCCAGGGAGGGAAGGACGGGAUGGUGGAGUUCAACCGUGGAAUGUAAAUGUGGGCUACGGGACUGAGCUUUGCAUAUAGAUUAGACUUAGAUUUUGUACACAGUGUUAUGCGCAUUAUACUCCAUCUCUUUCGCCACCAAUCAACCCCCUCAUAUGGUUAGACCAGCUGUUGCAGGAGCCCAGGGUCGUCAAGCAUUUCUGAAACACCUGUAUGUGCAUGGAUGCAGAUCCACGGCUUCGAAUCUGCAGGUGGAGAGGGGGCUGGCAAUCUCCCUGUCGAUCACGUUUCUCACAUUGCUCAAGCCUUCAGAAAGGUAUGAACCGAGUAAUUACUUUGUAUAC